AUGGAACACAAUAUAAAUGCUAUUCUCUUUGUAUCAGCUCGUUUAUUUGUCAAUAUAUAUCUUAGAUCAGGUCAAACUCUGGGAGCCGCGGCUAACUGGAAAGUGAAGGAUUUUAUUAACAGGGAGGAUAAAGCUUGGAAUGCUGGAAUGGUAAGGGAAUAUUUCGACUGGGAUAGUGCAAAAUCGAUUCUGUCAAUGGAACUACCACAGUACACCGUCAAAACUGGAUACUACUACUUAUCAAAGGAUGGGGGUUUAGAGAGAUCAAAUUUUGCAGCAAGGGAUCAAGAAUUUGUAAAGGUGAUUUGGAGGCUGGUCAUCCAGCCUAAAUGGAAGGUUUUCCUCUGGAAGCUCUUUCAUGACGGUAUUGCAGCCAAGGUUAAUUUGGCUAAAAGGGGAAUAAGAGUAGAUGAAAUCUAUGAUCAUUGUGAGGUAAACUUAGAAGAUAGCCCACACAUCUUCAGGUUCUGUAUUCCGGCAAAGGAAGUUUGGGAAAGUAGCUCCCUAACUAUUUGCCCUGAUUCUCCUGGGUUCAACUCUUUGAAAAGUUGGGUCCAGCACUUUAUCCUGCUGCUUAAUAGCGAGGAUGGUAAGAACAGCACCCGUUGUGCUUUGUUCGUGGCAACUAUGUGGGGUUUAUGGAGGACUAGAAAUGCUAGAUGCUUCAAUAAUACUAAGGGGACUAUAAGCCUAGUGAAUGAAGCUAUUCAACGAGCUAUGGAAGACCAUGAGACUUUUAAACAUCAAACAAGACUAACAAAUGUGGGGGAUUUAAGUGGAAAAAAUGACCCAACUCUUCUCCCGGGCUUUAAUUGUGUGCAACUGGGAAAGGAAGACAAAGGUUUUGAUGACUUCAUGGUGGAAGCAGAUGGCUCAUGGGAUAGGAAGACAACAAGAUCAGGGAUAGGGUGCGCAGUUAAGCCUAAUCAUCAUGGGUUUGCUCUCGACAAAGGAGGUAAACAUGGGGCAGCUGUGUCAGUUAUUCAAUGUGAGGCCUGGGCUUGCCUUGAAGCAAUGAAGUGGGCUAGAGCAAAAGGGAGAAUAGGAAUCCUUCUCUUCACUGACUCGGCUGGCCUUUUGAACAAUUUACAGGUGCACCCGAGCAAGGACAUUUCGAUUGCUUGGUUGCUGAAGGAAAUCAGGGGAGUGGAGGCUACGUUUCAAAGAUGCACGAUUUUAAAGGUCCAGAGAGACCAGGUAUAUCAGGCUGAUGAUAUUGCUAAGAUUUGCCGGAUAAAUUGUUCUAAUCUGCUAUAG